AUGAGUCUGGAGUAUUUGGCAAAUGAAAUCUUACUCAAUCUUUUUGAAUAUUUCAAAAUUGAAGAUGUUUUUCGUGCAUUUUAUCAACUUAAUUCUCGAUUCAAUACACUUCUUCUCAAAUAUUUUCGAGCGUAUCAUCUGGAUUUUCAGUCCAUAUCCAAACAUGAUUUCCAUCUGAUCUGCACGAAGUACUUUCCAUUAAUUUCAAAUCAAAUUAUAUCGUUACGGCUAUGUGAUGAAAUUAACGCAUCCAUACAAUUGAAAUAUAUUCCGAUUUACAUUCCAUCGUUCUCUCAACUUUCUCAUUUGCGUGCACUGUCGCUCUAUCACAUCAAAUCUAUACAUCUUUUGAAAAGAUUAGUUGUCGAAUGGCAGGAAUUACCGUAUCUUACACAUUUGAGUAUAACUAAUUGUUAUUUUUUCGGAACUUCGACUCUUCUCCAUACGACUAUCAAUAGCAUUUGGCGUCUUCGUCGAUUGAUGUAUUGCCAUUUGAAUCGUUUGUCGAAAGAAUGGAUAGAAUUUAUUGUACCAGACGAUACUUCGUCCUCAAUGCAAUAUUUGACUUUUCAGAAUGGUCAUAUGAAUUGGCAGACAUCAACAGGAUUGUUGGAGAAAACUCCUUUUCUUCGAUCUUUGAAUACUCAUAUUUCUCAAAUCUCGAAAUCUGAGGUCGAAUUUUCAACAGAAUAUGAAUCAUUAAGCCGUCUAAACGUAAGCACUCGAAGUACGGCAAAUAUGUUAUCCUGCUGGAAAUCUUUCCCGAAUCUAUCUCAUCUAACGGUUUGUAUGGAAGCCUGUUAUCUCGAUGGGAAACAAUGGGAAUACAUUAUUAAAACUUAUUUAUCUUGCUUGAAAGAAUUUCAUUUAUUGAUGGAGUUUACAAAGGAAGAAGAAUAUGUUGAUCGAUUAUUGGAUUCAUUCCGAAGUUCGUUUUGGCUUGAAGAACGUCAAUGGUACGUUCGAUGUCAUUGGUGGAAAAUAUCCGAUCCCAAUGAUCGAACUGAUAUAGUAUUAACUACUUUACCCAAUUUAACCGGUUGUUCAACGUAUUCUAUCGAUAAAAGCUGUCACAGAUCAACGUGUCCAGAUGACAGUGUCUACAAUUCCUACGAUCAUAUAAAUACUCUUAAAUAUUCAUCGUGUUUCCAUUUACUACCGUUCGUAUUUCCCAAUAUUAGCUAUUUAGCCAUCAGGCGUCCUGAUCACGUUGAACCUUGGUCUGCUGUUCCUGAACUAGAAAACUUACGAACACUUCUAUAUUUCACAACUGAACCAUAUCAUCGUAUGAGAGACGAAUUGCAAACAAUACUAGACCGUGCUUCUAAUCUGCAAACAUUGAGACUACUCAUGCAUGACGAUCAGUACAAGUUUUUGGAUUUGAAACAUCCUUCGAUUCGAUGUUUAGAUUUUGGUGGCCAUAGGAUGAUGAGUGAAGAGUGUGAAACAUUGAUUACAAAUCAACUAGGUCAACAAUGUGAAGUUCUUAUUACAUCGAUCGAUCAGCCUGAAGUUGUACCUCCAUUAAUCAAUCAUUUGCGAAGUCUUCGGAUAUUGAAAAUAUUCUCAAGAUAUAUCGAAACUCCUGCUUUGUUUUCCUCUGAGGAUAGAUUGAACGAUUGGUUAGCAUCUCAUUUACCAUCAACAUGCAAUUUCCAAUCAAGAUACAAAGAAAAAUCUUCAUAUACGUUUAUUGUUUGGAUUCGAUGA